AUGGCACUGAAAGUGAAUAAGGAAGCACCUGCCCCUCCCAAAGCUGAAGCCAAAGCAAAGGCAUUGAAGACCAAGAAGGCAGAGCUGAAAGGCGUCCACAGCUACAAAAAAAAGAAGAUCCGGAUGUCAUCCAUCUUCUGGCGGUCCAAUACUCUGAGGCAGCCCAAACAUCCUCGGGAAAGCACCCCCAGGAGAAACAAGCUUGACCACUAUGUCAUCAUCAAGUUCCAUCUGACUUCUGAGUCAGCCAUGAAAAAGACUGAAAAUAAUAACACACUUGUGUUCAUUGUGGAGGUCAAGGCCAACAAACACCAGAUCAAACAGGUUGUGAAGAAGCUCUAUGACAUUAACGUAGCCAAGGUCAACACCUUCAUCAGGCCUAAUGGAGAAAAGAAGGCGUAUGUUCGACUGGUUCCUGACUAUGAUGCUUUGGAUAUUGCCAACACAAUUGGGAUCAUCUAA